AUGCGUUCCAAAAUGCCAAGAACUGCCAGAAAACGCAGGCCGCGGAGACACGCGCGAGUCCAAAGAGGAAAGACCAACACUCCAACACCUUGUACUACCAGUUUGCUUUCGUCCUCUUCAUCAUCAUCACCAUCCUACACCAUGGAACGCGACUUUACCGUCCUCUUCCGCAUCCGACCAUCCUUCCUCUCCCCCACCCCUCCUCCACUCAUCACCUCCUCCCCACCUCACACCACCACCACCGUCCUCGAACCGCGCUCCUCCACCGCCCUCUCCUCCUCGACCCCUACCCACACACCUCACACCUUCACCUCCGACCACUGCUACCUCCCCGACUCCGCCACCUCCACCCUCUACACCUACCACAUCGAACCCCUCAUACCCUUCGUCCUGCGCGGCGGAUACUCCACCGUCCUCGCCUACGGUCAAACCGGGUCUGGCAAAACCUACACGCUGUCCGAAUGCUCCCGUCUCGCCAUCUCCACCUUAUUCUCUUCCAACGACGGUCAAUGCUCGAUCUCGAUUCAGGCUAUUGAGAUCUACGGAAAGAACAAGGUCAACGAUCUGUUCGAUCUUUCGAACGCACGAGUUUUGAUCGCGGAAAACAUCGCUGGUUCCUCCACCUUCAGCAAGACCACUACCAAGACCGUUUCCAGCGCAAUUGAGAUGUUGGAGGAGAUCACCGCUGCUUGGUCGCAACGCAUCACGCGGGGUACCGAAAAGAACCCUACAUCGUCACGAUCGCACGCGAUCAUUCGAAUCAUCUGCACUUCGACCACCGACCGCAACUCCACCCCGGGAGUGCUUCAGCUGGUCGAUCUUGCUGGAAGCGAACGUGCAGCCGACCACUCCCCCUCAUCCUCCAAAGAUCCCACCCGUAUGUCCGAGACCGUUGCGAUCAAUACCAGCCUCAUGACGCUCAAGAACUGCAUACGUGCUCGAACCUCCCCUGCUACAGCCGCGAAUGGGAGUGUUCCUCACAUUCCCUUUCGAAGCAGCAAGUUGACGCUCGCGCUCAAGGAAGCGUUCGACUUGUAUUCGCGUCAACCGACGCAUACGGUGCUCAUCGCAACUGCCAGUCCAGACGCGGUGGAUGUGGCGGCCAGCUUGAACACGCUGCGCUAUGCUGAUGCUCUCGUCACCUCUCCACACGAGAGGAUCGAGUUGAAACCAGAUCCCCAAGGUAGAAACGUUUUUUUCUGGUCCAACGAACGACUCGCUGCUUGGCUCGCAAAGUAUUCUCCGCUGGGCGAGGAGCAGGUGCAGGUCGUGUUGGACGGUAUGGACGGUUCAAGGUUCGCAAAGAUCCCAGAGGGAGAAUUGUGCCAGCGCAUGGGAGAGGCGUCCGAUGGCAAGAUGGGCGAGAAGGAGGUCAAGGAGGUCUACUUGAAGUGGUGGAAGUUGGUGAUUGCGAGCAGGACGUUGAGUCAAAAGGCGUUGGAGAGCGAGUGGAAGGAGAGGCAGAGGGAAAAGGUCAGGAGGGAGGAGCAGGAGGUGGCAGAGAAUGAGGAUGUCAAGAGGUUGUUGAGGUUGCCGGCCAUCGCCAGUGCUCCGACGACCGCGUGA